CCCACGGCUCGGGAGCAAUUUCCUCUCCUUCGCUGUUCUACUCCAGUCCGCUCCACUCCACAGAGAGCACGCGCCGCUCAAAACCCUCGUCCCCGCCGCGGCGCUUCCGGCGACGGCCAUGGACACCGGGGUGCCUGCCUUUCCCAUGAGCCCGGUGAUGGCGGAGAUGUUCCGGCAGCUAGGCUUUGACCCGGAUCAGGUGGAGGGCUUCCUCGCCCACUUCCUCUCCUACACCCACUGCGCCCUCCCGGAGCCGCCCGUGACGGCCGACGCUCGCCUCUUCGCCCUCCUCCCCGACAACUCCGUCGACCACUUCAGCCGCCCCCCCGACGCGCUCCUCGGCAAUGUCGUCUCCCGCCUCCCCGUCAAGGACGCCGCGCGCACCGCCGCGCUCUCCCGGCGCUGGCGCGGGGUCUGGCGCUCCGCCCCGCUCGUCCUCGUCGACGCCCACGUCCACCCCGCGGGCACCGCGUACGCGCAGCGCGUCGCCUGCGCCGUCUCCCGCGUCCUCGCCGCGCACCCGGGCCCCUUCCGCUGCGUCCACCUCACCGAGUCCCCCCUGCUCACGGCCUGGCUCCAGAUCGUCGCCGGCAAGGGCAUCCAGGAGCUCACCCUCGUCAACCGCCCGUGGCCGCUCGAGAUCUUUCUCCCGUCCACCUUCUUCUUAGGCAUGGAAACCCUCACCCGACUCUACCUCGGCCACUGGAUCUUCCCCGUCACGGCCGACCUCCCGCGCGCCCCCUGCUUCCCCAACCUCCAUGAGCUCGGGCUCUGCGACGUCGUCAUGAAGACCGGGGAUUUGGACUUCAUCCUCGACAGGAGCCCCGUGCUGGAGACGCUAUCUCUCGAAGGGGGGAGGCUCGAGCAUUGCCUCCGCCUUGUCAGCCAAAGCCUCCGGCGCGUGCAGAUCAUCGGGUGCUCGGUUCAAGAAAUCUUCGUGGUGGACGCGCCGUGCCUUGAGCGGCUCAUCCAGUCGGGAGGCUGGUGCCCUGAAGACACUGACGGCAACUGCACCAGGCUAAAGAUUGGCCAUGCCCCCAUGCUGCACAUGUUGGGAUACUUGGAGUUGGAUUCAGGGCACGUCCUAGAGGUCGGCAAGACCAUCAUCAAGGCUGGGACAAGGGUGAGCCAGAGCACCAUGGUACCAAGCGUGGGGAUCCUGGCUUUGGAGGUGCGUUUCGGAGUCCGCAACGAUGCCAAGAUGGUUCCCAGUGUCCUCAGGUGCUUUCCGAAUGUCGAGACGCUCCACAUCAAGGUGAAGUCCCUGACGCUUCUUUGGUCUUCCGUCUGCGCCAUGGUCUGCAUUUGACUGAUCGAAUUUUCAGUCUGCGAAAACUGAUCGAUCCACUGGCAAGCUGAACCUGAAGUUCUGGCACGAGUGUGGUGACAUAGAGUGCAUCCGGUCGCGCAUCAAGCUGCUGGUUUUCCAUGAUUUCCGAGGGGGCCGAGGCGAGCUCGCCUUCCUCAAAUACUUCUUUGAGACCGCAUUGGUGCUGAAGAAGGUGGUGAUUCUGUUCGCCGUUGGCUUCGCUUCGACGGAGGAGGCGCGGUCCAAACUGUCGAGCUUGGGGUCGGUGAAACGGGCCAGCGAAACCUCUACAGUGCUGGUCACCGUACCUUCUGAUCCUAAAGAAGGUUCCAUUCGGAGCUUCAAAAUAGGAUCUCGGUUUUCUGCUGACGACCCUUUUGCAAACUACAGUACUAAAGUCACAGCAAGCGAACUGCAGUACCUACGUAGGAGUAUAUUUCAUCCUGCAAAGUAAAUUGCUCUGGAAGGAGGUUGUGUAUGUAU